AUGGGAAAGGUCUUAAUAGUACUCUUCGCCCUUGCGGCAUGCUCCUCGGCGACAUUUGACCAGCUGCUGAAGAAAGGAAAAGGCGGCGGCGGGGGCGGUGGUCUGAACGAACUGUUCGACCUAAGCGGCCUGCUCGGUGGACUGUUCGGCGGAGGAGGCGGCGGCGGCGGAGGACCACCACCUCGUCCUAGACCCGUGUAUGGACCGCCACCGCCGCGACCGGUGUACGGACCACCGCCACCACGCCCAGUUUACGGACCACCACCGGCACCAGUGUACGGGCCACCUCCCCCGGUUCCAGUAAUACUAACAGUCAUAAGAAAGAAGCCAUCAUCGUCAUCGUCAUCAUCUUCAUCGCGAAGACAGCGGCCCCCACCCGGACGUCGACCAGUCUACGGACCUCCUCCACGGCCGGUCUACAGUGCCCCACCUCCACCACCACCACCAGUUUCACCACCUCCAACGCAGCCAGUUUUAAAAUCGGUCUAUCAGUAUCCUUCUUGUAGGCUGAACAACAGCCAGCCGAAUUCUCCCGUGUUUCCCGACCACAGCUUCCAGGACUCGUCCGUGCAACCAGCCGUUUCGUUGGUGAUCGUCCACUAUGAGAAGUUGAUCUUCUUUCGCAAGAGGAUGCAUUUUAUGCGCUUCGUUAGCAUCGGGAGUGACACAACUACUAACGUACAUGCCGCUUCACCGCUAGGUUUAACUACUCUGAAAGAAACCAAAACUAACAACGUGGCUUCUCUGAAGCUCAAAAGCUUUGCUGAUUUCCGCGUUCGCUCCAAAGAAGUAGAACAAUGUAGACUCCUUUACGGACCACCUCCUCGACCACUACCUCCACCACCUCCGCCAGCACCAGCUUAUGGACCUCCCUCGUACUCACCACCGGCUCCGAUCUACAUCUACGGACCUCCUUCCUACUCGCCACCAGCUCCCAUCUACAACCCUCCACCGCCAGCGCCGAUCUUCCAGUCUUCGCCACCGGCGCCAGUUCCUGCCCCCCAGUACGGACCCCCGCCUUCGGCACCAGCUCCCCAGUACGGACCGCCCCCUCCGGUGCACGCCCCAGAGUACAUUCCUCCACCUCCGCCACAGCAUUACAAUCCCGCACCGGCGAUAACGGUCGUUGAAGCGCCCCGCGUCGAGUACCUACCACCGGAGCAGAUCCAGCAGUUGCCCCUGCAGGACACCAACGUUAACUUCCAUGGACUGAGCUCGAGUGCGGUCGCCUCCGGUAGCGUGACUGCCGGCGGGGACUCCGAUGGCUACCACUACGGUAUCGGACGUGGCACCGGGCACUGA